UUUAUUCAAAAGUACAGAGUUGCAUUUAUAAUUAAAUAAAAAACAAAAUGGCGAAUGUGGGUAAAGUUUUAGCUACAAUAAAAGCUGUUAUAACAAGAUUGGUGUUUGCUUGCCAUGGUAUAAUUGCUAUCUGGCAAGUAACGGUGUUCAAACACAGUAUAGAAUAUUGGUAUUUAGCGUCACCCAUAUUGUUAUUAAUACUUGAAGGUGUAUUUACUCUCACAAUAAAAGACAAUCAAGAGUGGAAAUGGUUCUGCCCAUCCGUCUUCAUCUACUUGGGUCUGGUGGUGCCAGCGAUAUGGCUACUAGAACUACACAAAGUAGACCUGAGACUGCAAAAGAUAGCCAACGUUACAAUUAUAGAGCCUGGUCUCCCUAUACCCGGUGCUACCAAGAUUCCUACGGAUAUGUGGGUAACUCUUAUCGAGCAGUUUUUGAUGUUAACACUGAUUGUGGGUCGCUGGUUGUUACCUAAAGGAGAUCUGACGAGAGAUCAGCUCAGUCAAUUGUUACUAGUUUACAUAGGUACCGCUGCCGAUAUAAUCGAGUUCUUUGAUUCGUUCAAAGACGAGAAAGUGGCCACCGAGAAGGUCCUGGUCCUGCUAACCCUGGCCAUCUGGUCGUGGUCUCUGGUGCAGUUUACGGUGGUCCUGACCGCGACCAAAUCGAGGAAGACCAGGGGCACCGCACAUAGGUCUGAAAUGAAUUCAAGCCGUGCGUGUUGUUGUUCAAUAGAAGUGUGCGCUAUAAUAAUGAAUAUAGCAUUACAAGAUGCACCAUUUCUUGCAUUUAGGUUGUUAAUUAUAGCGCAUUACAAAAUUAUUAAUUAUAUGAAUAUUUUCUUCACCUGCAAGAAUACGUUGGUUAUUUUGCUGCAAAUAUACCGACUGUACGUGUUACAUUUGGAAACCGUUGAAGAAGGAACUGGCUCUGUGUACAGAAAGAGACGGAAACACAAAUCCGAAAGUAAAGAGCAGGACAAGAAACGGACACAUAGCAAACCAAGAAAACAUAAAAAGAGACAUGAAAUAGGUGAAACUUCUGUCUCUGUCAUCAGCGACCCGAGACGACAAGAAAGAGUAGAUGGCGGGAGAAUUAGAGCAAUUAUUCUAACGAAUACAGAUGAAAUUAAAGAAUUGGAGUUGACGAAACUCUUCCAAGAUCAAGUCGGAGUAGAGAAUGAGAAGAAGAAAGGUAAAAAGAAGAAACAAAAAGCAAACUCCUCCGAAGAAUCUCUUAACAACAUUCACCAUACAACCGACGACUCCGGCAUUUGACAUCAUCGGAUAAGGCGGGAGAGUCCGCACAAGCAUAGAGAGAAAAAAGAAGACAGACGCAAAGAGAAAAAGAGUAAGAAAAAGCAGGUCAGUAGCGAGAGUGAAAGUGACAGUUGUUCUUGAACAUGGAAAGUAAAAGUUUGGUUCUUUGUCUAUGGUUACGGUGUUGCCAUUGAAAUAAUGCCGUUGUUUUUUUGGUAAAUUCGUCGGGAGGAUAUAAUAUUGUUAGAUUUAUAUAGAUUUUGCUUAAAGUUAUAGCUUUUAUUAGAAAAGUAGCAGUAUUAAUAGUGCAUUAUUUGUUUACGCUUAUUUAAUAAUUAUUUAAAGUAUUUAAAAAUUAA